AAUCAUCAAAAUGGCCAAGACUCCCUCCAAGAAAUCCGCCAAGGCGCCCAAGAAGGCCGCCGGCGGCAAGAAGAAGAAGACGCGCGUCGAGUCGUACUCCACGUACAUCUACCGCGUGCUCAAGCAGGUGCACCCCGACACGGGCAUCUCCAAGAAGGGCAUGUCGAUCAUGAACUCGUUCAUCAACGACAUCUUCGAGCGCAUCGCCCUCGAGGCCUCCAAGCUCUGCCGCUUCUCCAAGAAGGCGACGCUCUCGUCCCGGGAGAUCCAGACCGCGGUCCGCCUCAUGCUCCCCGGCGAGCUCUCCAAGCACGCCGUCUCCGAGGGCACCAAGGCCGUCACCAAGUUCUCGUCCUAAGCGCGAACUCGGCGACCGCGACCGUCGCCCCUCCUCGGGGGAGCGACGCCGUCGCGUCGGUCACCACAACCACACCGGUGUUUUCGAACACCACCCUCUCGACGGAAGACUUCCCGACGGCUCGACGCGCUCGCGACGGCCCAGGUGGGUCCAGGCGGCGCCGCGCGCCCCCCCCCCGCGCCCCGAGAGGAGGUGCGGGCCGUCGCGUUCGCCCGCGCGAGCGCGUCCGGUCGCCGCGCGGCCGGGGCGACGCGUUCG